UUAUAGAGGCAUACAUUGGAGUAAAUCCACCUCUAUAAUAGAGUUUCUCUAUUUUAGAGGAAAAUAUAGAGAUAAAAAUAGAGGUGGGUUGGAGAUGGUCUUAGAGAUUUGUUUUGUAAAUAGGAUUUUUUUUUUAAAUCAGUGUGUCCUAAAUCCAGUAGGACUUAGGUUCGUAAUUGGACUUGGAAUCAUAUAAUCACCCUUAUUAAAAACAAAAGUUAUUCACGAAGAAUUAUAUAGCGGAAAAAAGCUCAGGUUGAGAGUUGUUUAUACGAACAAAAGAUCAAAGUUGCUUGUGUGAUAAGAAAUCACUGAUUCUAGAAGAAAGAAACUUGCGCAAAGGAUCAGGGAAGAAUUUUCGGUAAUUUUUUUCUCAGUGAUUCCAAUUUACGUGCGCAUAGAUAUCGGCUCAAGCACGACACUUGAAGUAGUUAGCAGUAGUUCACAACCUUCGGAGUAUCUCCAGCUUUAUUUUACUUUUUACUUAAAAAUAGAAUUUAAAGUAAAAAUGCGCUAAUGGUACUAUGAAUUAUUCCAAAUAUAGAAUCACUUUUUUUUAUUCAUCAUUCUAUUUUCUACUCUAAAAUAUAGUAUCAUUGGAGCAAAUUCAAACUUUAUUAUAGAAUUACUAUAUUUUAGACUAAAAAAUAAAAUAAAUUAUUAGAAAUGAUCAUAAUCGUUUUAUUUUUAUCCGUCUCAAAGGUAAUGUUACAACUCCAAUCAUUUAAAUGUAGCUCAGCUUUUAAUCCAAAUAUUUAACUAGUAAGUACAUUUUUUUUAAAUCGUUGUGUGUAUCUCUUUACAUGUUAGUAAUGCAAAGUUUCACCUACCACUUAUUUUCCAAACAUCUUCCACUUCCAUGCCUUAAUUAUUUUGUUGUUUUCAAGUUUCAACUCUCAAUAAAAAUAAUAAAAACAGUUUUAUUAGUUGGAAAAGAACAGUUUCAUUAAUAAUGAACAAGAAUACUACCAAAGUCUCUCUACUUUUCUUCAUCACGAUGCUUCCCUUCCUCGAAACUCUGACUAUGUCACCAUACCCCCAAAUUGCUUUACCCUCUCAUCCAUAUUAACACAAACCAAUAUUUCAAACAAGAAGAUAUAUGGACAGCUCUACUGGGUUCAUGACAGUCUUUGCCGUCUCCGGAAGCGUGGUGCUCCUUGUGGCUCAGUUACACAAACGUCUCCUCUCCUAUCACAUGGAGAAGCUUGAACUUCAACUUGAUAUGAAGAAUAAGGAGAAGAAGAAGAAAAAGAAAAAGGUGAGUUUUGCAGAGGACGUGAUGGAGCCGUCAGGGAACAACGUAGAGUAUCGCCGGAAAAAUCGGAAAUCAAAAUUGGAGGAUGGAAGAAGAAGAAUCCAACAAACGAGUCAAGUUUUGUAACAUAGUCAACUUUCAUUCAGCACAGACUUUUAAAAUAUUUUUUUUUUUUUUGAACACCACAGACUUUUAAAAUAUAAUUUAACAUUCUUAUGAAUUAAGUUUUCUUAUUUCGUGUAGAAUGCAUUUAUUUUGUAAUAGCUAUAAUCCCAAAAUUAGGAGGUAAAGUGGACUACAUAUGUCACACCAAUACACCAUGUUGUUAUUUAUGUCGAUGGACGCCAAGUAUGUUUCGAAUAUUCGGAUUUGUAUCAACUGGGAGUCUGAGACCACUGAUAAAUAAGAUUAACGUAUUAGACCA